AUGAACGAAGGCCUCCAAGAGCGCUUCGGCCGCGGGCGAAAUGCCUACCGGCCAGAAGAAGACCUCGAAGAUGCCCGCAAACCCCCUCCGACGCUCAACCUUAACAUCCGCGCCUACUUUGACGAUUCCAAAGUCAAGGGUGACGGUGGUCCGUGGCUCGACCGGCCGGAGUUCCCAAGCGCAGAAGAGAUCCUCGAUACUGAAGUGGUAGGUCUGGUGCCCAACAAACCGAAGGGCCCGUGGGAGUCAAAUGACGCUUGCUUGAGUGCCAACUACGAACUCCUUCGCGAAGAUGCUCUUCGCAAUCUCAUCGAGGCGGUCCAAGGAGUUAAAGAAAACCCCACGGCCAGCGAGGAUCUUUUCAAUGGCGCUGUCGGUAUCUACGAAAAGGUCCACAUUUGUGGAGUUACAUGCUCCCCUCGAGGCAUCGCCCUCCGUGUCACCUUCUCCCUCCAUCGAACCGGCAAGCAGAUUCUCUGGGAACAGUCCAAACGCCUCAUCACCGGUGGACUCGUAGUCCUCACCCCGAUCAGCGACAUGUUCCAGAGCAAUGCCAUCGUCGCCACUGUCGCCGCACGUCCACUUGCUGGGCUUCAGCAAAACCCUCCCGAAGUCGACCUCUUCAUUUCUCGUCCUGAAGACCAAGAGCUGGAUCCCGCCAUGGAAUUCAUCAUGGUGGAAGAUCGGGGUGGAAUGUAUGAGGCAAGCAGGCAUACAUUGUUGGCGCUGCAGAAAAUGAUGCGAGAGCCUUUCCCUCUCUCAGAGCAUCUGGUCGACGCGGAAUCUUCUGUCCCAGCUCCGAAGUAUGUGAGAGAUCAGCCCAAGUUCGACCUGACUCCCGUGCUCAAACACGACAACCCUCGCGCAUACGAAGAUGUGCACGUCCUCAAUGAAUGGCCUGCUGAGCCCGAAAGCAAUCUCGACGCUUCUCAGCUGGCCGCACUGCAGCGUAUCCUCACCAAGCAACUGGCAAUCGUGCAAGGCCCACCAGGUACCGGAAAGACGUUCGUAUCGGUCCAGGCAAUCAAGAUCAUGCUCGCCAAUCGUCGAUCGGGCGACCCGCCCAUCAUCAUCGCCUGCCAAACGAACCAUGCAAUCGACCAGAUCUUGAGGCACAUCGCCGAGUUCGAGCCAGAAUUUAUCCGCCUCGGUGGACGAUCCAAAGACAGAGGCGUCAUCAAGUCUCGCACGCUUUACGAAGUCCGGCAACAUUCCAGAAUCCCACCAGUGUCCGGCACUCUACACGGCGGCGCGAGAAAGACAAUGACUGCGGUGGAGAAGGAUAUUGCACUACUUCUGUCUCCAUUGCAGCCCUCCAGCAACCCUCUGGAUUUGCAGAUCUUGAAGUCGUUUGGCCUGCUCACUCAGCAUCAGAUUGACACAUUGGAGAGUGGUGCAUCGGAAUGGGUGCAUGAUCAGCUCGGAAGUGACACCCAGUCGCCGUUCGUGACCUGGCUCGGAAGAUCGCUGGUCAAGGUGCCGCCAAAGCAACUGCCAGAGGAAUCAUUCUUCGAGUUUGAAGAAGCGGACUUGGAGUUCGAGCAGCUUCGCGAACUAGAGGCGGAGAACAUCGCGAAUGACGACGAGGACAUCGAGACACUCAAGGGCACUGUCUUUGACAUUGCCGACAACUUCACCUGCCGCAAGACACCCGGCAUGACAGAGGCCAAAGCGAGAGAUGCUCUCACGCAGCAGGAUAUGUGGGCAGUGCCAGAAACAACACGACCAGCUGUCUAUCGACAUCUGCAGACUGAGCUGAAGAAGAAGAUUCUGGCUGCCUUUCGUGAGAAGGUCAGAGUAUUCAAUUACCAAGCAAGCAAACGCCGCAUCGGAGGCUGGGAGAGAGACGAGCCAAUUCUCAAAGAGCAGGCGAUCAUUGGAAUGACAACGACGGGAUUGAGCAAGUACCGCGGAAUCAUCGCUGCUCUGCAGCCAAAAGUUGUCCUCAUUGAAGAAGCGGCCGAAACCCUCGAAGCUCCAGUGAUCGUGGCUUGUAUGCCAUCACUACAGCAUCUCGUCUUGGUUGGCGACCACAAGCAACUCCGUCCACACUGCAAUGUCAAGCAGUUGGAAGAGGAAUGUUACCUCAACAUCUCCCUGUUCGAGCGGCUCAUCAACAACAAAGUCGAAUGGACGACACUGACGAAGCAGCGGCGGAUGAGACCAGAGAUCCGUCGCAUCUUGUUCGCCAUAUACAAAGAUCUCAUCACCGAUCAUGACUACGUUAUGGAUCCCGCCAAUCGACCGGACGUACCAGGUAUGGGAGGGAUCAACUCCUUCUUCUUCACCCACGAAUGGUCGGAGCGCCGCGAUGAGCAGAUGUCUUCGUACAACCCCGCAGAGGCGGAGAUGGUUGUCGGCAUGUUCGAGUAUCUCGCCUACAACGGCAUUCCCACGGAAUGCAUCACCGUCCUUACAUUCUAUAACGGUCAGCGUAAGAAGAUCCUUAAAGAGCUCCAUGGGCGAGCCAGUCUCCUCAACCAGAGGUUCAACGUCGUCACCGUGGACUCGUAUCAAGGCGAAGAGAACAAAGUGGUCCUUCUCUCCCUGGUGCGCAGCAACGAUGGAGGACGGACUGGUUUCCUCGACGUCAUCAACCGCGUCUGUGUUGCCCUUUCUCGUGCCCAAUGCGGAUUCUACAUCUUCGGCAACGCCACGAAUUUGCAGAAGUCCGGGAACAAGACGUGGGAGAAGGUCAUCAAGAUCAUGAGGAACAAGAACAAGAAAGGUCCCGAGGCCGAUCUUCUCACGGAAGAGCCAAAGAACCGCGUGGGCGAUAUCCUCACGCUUCAGUGCACCAACCACGGCAACUGGACCACGAUCAAGGACGUCCACGACUUCGAUAACAUCCUCGGAGGCUGCAUGGUUAAGUGCGGUGGGCAGUUGGACUGUGGGCAUCCUUGUGAGCUGGUGUGUCAUCCCUUCGUGCACAAGAUGGUCCCGUGUAAGGUGGCAUGCGAGAGACUGCUGUCAUGCGGCCACAAAUGCAACUUGACGUGUGGCGAGGAAUGCAAGUGUUCGAAGUGUCGGCCUGCUGACACCGAUGACUUCGAGGCUGAUGUCCCAUCUUCGGAAACCCGCGCUGGCAUCGGCUGGCACCAAUUUGCCCACCAAGAGGAGCGUCGCUACAUUGCUGCAGCGGCAUUUAUGCCCGUCCCAAUGCCGGAAAGGCCAACCCCAGGCCCAAGCAACGCAGCAACCAAGCCCGUGACGAAAAGCAUGCAACUUCUCGACCUCGACGAGCCGGAGCCCUCCCCGCCUCCACCAGCGCAGCGAACCGCAGUGCUUGUUAAAGAAACCAACAGCCCGAAAGGGAAGCGUCACAAACGCAAAGAGAAGUUUAUGGUGGGUGGGAGUCACAUGGAGCCGGAGGGGAGCGGCGAUAACAAGGCUUGGUCAUCGGAGGCGAGUUUGCUGGAUUGA